UAAAAUUAGCAGAGGGAAGGAGCCAGCCAACUUCAACUGUGGACUGUGGAGCUGCGGCAAUGGAGCUAAUUGCUUCACCCCUGUCUCCAGCUGUUGCCAGAAAGAAAUUUGAUUCUCACACUCUAUUUCCUGCUUUUAUCUCCAGAACCAUAUUCCAUCAAAUCCCACUUGAAUUUUCAUCCCAGUUUAUUACUUUUAUAAAUAGGAAUUCUCGUUUUGAAGCAUGUGCCCGUAAAAAAGAAUGGGUCAGCGAACAAGAGUAUAGCAGAGAAGUCGAAGGAGCAGAGGAACCACAUACGACCUCUAAAGAUUUAGACGAUGACUUGUCUUUCUUGUCUCUCAGCGAGAAACCUGACAGGAAUUUGGCUUUGUUGGACGAUUAUGAAGCGGAGGAGCUUGAUUAUGAUUCCCACCCUAACCAUCAAAGUGGAUAUGUGGCUUUACUUGGGAAGCCAAAUGUCGGGAAAAGUACACUAACAAACCAAAUGAUUGGUCAAAAGUUGUCUAUAGUUACACAGAAACCUCAAACAACAAGGCACCGUAUUCUUGGUAUAUGUUCUGGCUCAGAUUAUCAGAUAAUACUUUAUGAUACACCUGGUGUUCUCAAGAAAGAAAUGCACAUGUUGGACUCCAUGAUGAUGAAAAACGUUCGCAGUGCUGCAGUUAAUGCUGAUUGUGUAUUAAUUCUUGUUGAUGCAUGUAAAGUUCCUGAAAAUAUUGAUGAAGUGUUGAAGGAAGGUGUAGGUGAUCUCAAGGAUAAGCCUCCCGCUCUACUGAUUCUGAAUAAGAAGGAUCUUAUCAAACCGGGGGAAAUUGCAAAGAAACUUGAGUGGUAUCAGAAACAUACUGAUGUUGAUGAGGUUAUACCAGUCAGUGCUAAAUACGGUCAUGGUGUUGAAGAUGUCAAGGAGUGGAUACUGUCAAAGCUUCCCAAUGGACCAGCAUACUAUCCAAAGGGCAUUGUCAGUGAGCACCCAGAGAGAUUUUUUGUGGGUGAAAUUAUUAGAGAAAAGAUCUUUAUGCAGUAUCGAAAUGAAAUACCCUAUGCUUGUCAGGUGAAUGUUGUAAGCUACAAGGCUCGGCCCAAUGCAAAGGAUUUCAUUCAAGUGGAGAUUGUUGUUGAAAAAAAUUCACAGAAGAUUAUACUUAUUGGAAGAGAGGGAAAGGCUUUGAAACUUCUUGCAACAGCUGCCCGUCUUGACAUUGAAGACUUUCUGCAGAAGAAAGUUUAUCUUGAGAUUGAAGUGAAGGUGAGAGAAAAUUGGCGACAAGAUGAAGGCCUUCUUAAGAACUAUGGAUAUGGAGGCCAGAUACGAGUUCUCUGAUGUAAAGAUACAUAAAAUAUUUGUCAGACAUCAAUCUUGCCAGGGGUGGGAUCAUAACUUGAACUGCAUGAGAUUUUGAUUGACACUGCCCCCUUCCUCGCCUUUUAGCCAUGUCAAGUGGGAUCAUCACUAACAACUGAAGCUGUAAAAGAGGAAAAGGGAAGGAAAAGAUCUGACUUGGAAAGCAAUUUCUGGUGAUGCAGCGCCCCGGAUAUUGCAGAGCAGGAGAGUGGAAAUCACUGAAGUAGGGAUUCAUUAGUUUUAAGGGAACCAUCCCAAGACCUGUUUUGGUCUCUUUUUAAUGACAUACAUGAUGAUAAUUUCCAGGGAAAAAAUUAUUCUGGAUUACUUUUCUUGAAUAUAUUUACAUGUUUCAGGUACAAUUUGUUUAGCUUUUAAUAGGGUGGCAUUAUCUUUAUGAGUAUCAAGCCCUUGUUCAUCACUGGAAAACUCGGAAUCUAGUGAUGUCAAAUCAUGUAACCUAUCAAUCAUAAUCAAAAUAGAAUUUGACCUA